GUCAAGUCCUUCUUGAAGGUUGAUUUUAAAAACAUGUCAUCGUUUCCAAAACACUCCUAUGAGCAAGCAUAUGAUCAUGCCUUCCCUCCAAGUCCACCUCAACUACACCAGUAUAUCUCUGUAUUUCCUACGGUCUCAGAGCGGACACCACUCAUCACUAAAGCUCCCACUACUCCUACUGGCCCUACUGCUACUAGCAGCAGCAAUAAUAACAACAACAGCAGCAACAGUAACAGCAGCAAGCCUCAACUCUUACCAUCUUUUGUAACACCUGGACCUUUAACACCAUCAACAGCAACAGCAUUAGUAACAGACACUGAUGCACUUCUUGGAUAUGAGAUUGAAUAUCAGCAGCAACAACAACAGCAACAACACCAACAAUACCCCAUCACGAAUGACGGUUACCCUACAUCUCUGUCAGCGCGAGAAACAGCUUUAAAGGAGCUUAGAAUCUUAUUGCGAUACUCUGGACCGGUAGUAUUGACUUAUAUACUUCAAAAUUCGCUCCAGCUUGCCAGCUUAGUUUCUCUUGGACAUUUGGGAUCUAUUGAGCUGGCGGCCUCAUCGUUGGCCUCCAUGUUUGCUUCUGUGACCUGUUGGUCAGUAUCCCUUGGCACUGCAACUGCACUCGACACUCUCUGCUCACAGUCGUUUACCAGCCAUCAUCCCCACACCCUUGGAUUACAUCUUCAACGUGCAAUCCUCAUCCUCAUGCUUCUCCUUAUCCCUAUCGCAGGUGUCUGGUUAUCUUCAGAACAAAUAUUUCUUUUAUUGGGACAGGAGCCCGCACUUGCUCAGCAUGCUGCCAUUUUCAUGAGAGGCCUCUUACCAGGUGCUCCUGCUUAUUUGAUCUUUGAGUGUGUCAAGAAAUUUUUGCAGGCACAGGGAAAUAUGCAUGCUAGUACCUUAGUCCUCUUGAUUGCUUCGCCUAUUAAUGUCAUCCUCAACUACGCUUUGGUUUGGAACAAAUAUAUUGGCAUCGGAUAUAUCGGCGCGCCCAUCGCCACGUCAAUCUCAUACUGGAACAUGCUGAUCUUGUUGCUCCUUUAUGUUCGCUUCGUGGAUGGGUAUCAAGGUUGGGGAGGGUGGACACGGGAUUCAUUGACGGGUUGGCCUGCAUUUAUGAAACUGGCCAUCCCAGGGAUAUUGAUGGUCUGUACAGAGUGGUGGGCCUUUGAGGUCCUCUCCUUGGCUGCCUCCUUUCUCGGCACAAUUGCCUUGGCAGCACAGUCUGUUGUGGUACAAACGUCUGGACUUCUGUACACCAUUCCAUUUGGUAUUUCCAUUGCUGCGUCAAAUAGAGUAGGCAACUUGAUCGGCAUGGGUGAUCAUCGAUCAGCUCAGAUCUCUAGUCAUGUCUCCAUUGUACUGGCAGUCCUCUUUGGCGUCAUCAAUUCCUUGGUGCUCCUCACAUUCAAGGAUCAUUGGGGCCGUCUUUUUAGCGAGGAUGCCGAUGUCGUUAGCACAGUGGCCAUGGUUUUGCCUUUUGUGGCUCUUUUCCAGAUCAGUGAUGGCGUUGCUGGCGUUGGCGGAGGUGUUUUACGUGGUGUUGGUUUGCAACAUCUGGGCGCCUACUUGAAUUUAAUCGCCUAUUAUCUUGUAGCCUUUCCGAUUGGUUUUGUCAUGGCCUUCAAGCUCGGAUGGGGUUUGCGAGGCCUUUGGGGCUCUCUGUGUAUAGCACUUUCUUUGGUCAGUUUGGGAGAGCUGUGGGUGAUCAUCAGAACUAACUGGCCAUCCGAGGUCCGAAAGUGCAAGAUCCGUAACGAUCAGUUGGUAAAGCGCAGGGAAUCCUUACAGGCUGAGAUUGAGGCUACAAUGCCAACACAUUAAAACAUUAACUAUAAAAUACAUGUAUACAUAUUAUACUAACAAUCUACUCAAGGCUUUGGAGGGAAGUUUUUCCCUAAUUCCUAUGCAUUCCACUAAC